AUGCAGGGCACCUCCCUGCUGCAAGGCGGAUUGUUGCAUCAGUGGGUAGACGUGGGAACGCUGGACAUCACAAUCUAUAAAGGACCCACGAGCUUGGGCGGCCCGGCCGGCCCCAUGGGCGGCCCCGCCGGCGGCCCCAUGGGCAGCCCCGUGGGCGGCCCCAUGGGCGGCCCCAUGGGCGGCCCCGUGGGCGGCCCCGUUGGUGGCCCUGUAGGUGGCCCCGUGGGUGGCCCCGUGGGUGGCCCCGUGGGUGGCCCUGGCCCCCUGGGUGGCCCAAUGGACGGCCAGGCAUCCACAGGCCCAGCACAAAAGCCAUUUUAA